GGGGGUUACGGACUUAGACACCUGACAUCUGAAUGAGAAGGAUGAGGAUUUUCUGUGAGCUGAGCUCGUCCUGUGCUAGAAAUGCGUUGCAAUCAGCAGCAUCAACAUGUUUCCGGAAGAUGACUAUGGGCAGAGGGAACUGAAAUGCCAGAGGAAAAUGUCACUGCCCACGUUCUGGGGCAACGGGUGAGGCUGUGACCAUUCUAGCUGUUCCCCCUUCUGUGGCUGCAAAGCUGAAGACGGAUCCCUGGACAGACGGACAUGCCACAAUGAUUCCUGAACUACUUUCCCUCCUCUGCUUCAGGCUCUGUGUUGGCCAAGGAGACCUAAGAAGAGAUGAGUCACCUCCCAAGCCCUCCCUGAGCGCCUGGCCCAGCUCGGUGGCGCCUGCCCGCAGUAACGUGACCCUGCGCUGCUCGACUCCUACCAAGGAUGUAAACUUUGUUCUCAGAAAGGGAGGAAAGGUCUUGGAGCUCUUGCAAUCACCUGAUUCCACAGAGGGCCAGGCGGAAUUUCACCUGACGGAUCUAAAAAGCAUUAAUGCUGGAGAGUACACCUGUGAAUACUACAGAAAAGGCCAUCCCCACAUAAGUUCACAGCCCAGUGAUGUCCUGCAACUACUGGUGACAGGGUAUUUUUCUAAACCUUCCCUCCAAGCCCACCAAAGGGGUGUUGUGACUGAAGGAGCAGAGGUGACCCUGCAGUGCCAGAGGCCAGACACUGAAAUUGUGGCUGUAAUGUUUGCCCUACUGAAGGCAGGAACGCCAAUGCCCGUGCAGCGCCGGAGUCCAGCAGGGAAGGAGACAGACUUCUCCCUUCAGAAUGUGAGCAUCGGUGACACAGGGAACUACAGCUGUGUGUACUACCAGACAAGGGCCCCUUUCUUGGCCUCCCGCCCCAGUGAUCACCUUGCGAUCCGGGUGACAGGUCCCCAGAAGGACGAUGGGUGCUUGAGCAAGCUAGACCUGCUGUAUCUUGACUGCUCUGGGGAACCAGCUUUCUCAGCUCUAUUGAGAGCUCCUGAAGGACAAGAUGAUGGCUUUCUUCCUUCUGUAAUCUUCCCCGGGGCAGAGGACAGGAAUGAGCAAAAACACUCACCUGAUAAACUCAGAAUGACUAAAAAUUGCUUAGAACGUUGGCGUCACACUAGGUAGCAUGCGGGUUUCCACCAGCAGGAACUGCUCUUCCAUUGACAAGUGGGGAAACCAUGCUUCUGGGAUAACAUACAUUAUUGUUUCCCCCUGUAUUUUGUAUUUCUGGGCCAGCACUUGUCAAAUAUUAAAAUUUUUGUGCUUAUCA